GAGCCCAAGCUUGUUGACACAAGCAAAUCGUCCCCUCAUUUUGAAUUUGAAAGAACCUCUGGAUCACAAAAUCACCUUCGUCUCUCUCUUGUUUUCUUCCAUUUUUCAAACCGCCUUCCCUCUUUCUUUUCUCUCUCAUCACACUCUCCAUCUCCAACGACACUCUCAACUCUUCAAAAUUCAAAAACCCUAAAACACACACACACACACUCUCUCUCUCUCUCGCACACUCUCCGUCCAAUUCCGCCAUGACAGCUGUCCCUCCGCCGGCCCCCGGCCGCGAGCUCUCCAGCCCCCCCUCCGACGGCAUCUCUAACCUCCGCUUCUCCAACCACAGCGAUCAUUUGCUCGUCUCUUCAUGGGACAAGACCGUCCGACUGUACGACGCCAGCGCUAAUGUGCUGCGAGGAGAGUUCAAGCACGGCGGUCCCGUACUCGAUUGCUGCUUCCACGACGACUCUUCCGGCUUCAGCGCCGGCGCCGACAACACUGUUAGACGGCUCGUUUUCAGCUCUAGUAAGGAAGACAUCCUAGGAAGGCACGAUGCACCAGUGCGGUGCGUUGAGUACUCUUAUGCAGCAGGGCAGUUGAUCACUGGUAGUUGGGAUAAAACACUCAAGUGUUGGGACCCCAGAGGUGCAAGCGGACAGGAGCGUACUCUUGUUGGGACGUACCCACAACCCGAACGUGUUUAUUCUCUUUCUCUUGUUGGAAAUCGGUUGGUGGUUGCAACAGCAGGAAGACACGUCAAUGUCUAUGAUUUGAGAAAUAUGUCCCAGCCUGAGCAACGGAGGGAAUCUUCGUUGAAGUAUCAAACUCGAUGUGUGCGCUGUUAUCCUAAUGGAACAGGUUAUGCUCUUAGUUCUGUUGAAGGACGGGUUGCGAUGGAGUUUUUUGAUCUCUCAGAGGCUAGUCAGACCAAAAAAUAUGCAUUCAAGUGUCACAGAAAAUCAGAGGCUGGAAGGGACAUUGUCUAUCCAGUAAAUGCAAUUGCAUUCCACCCCAUCUAUGGCACUUUUGCUACUGGAGGUUGUGAUGGCUAUGUGAAUGUAUGGGAUGGGAACAACAAGAAGAGGCUGUAUCAGUACUCAAAGUACCCAACAAGCAUUGCGGCACUUUCUUUUAGCCGAGAUGGCCGCCUAUUGGCUGUGGCUUCAAGUUAUACAUUUGAAGAGGGAGAUAAACCCCACGAACCAGAUUCCAUCUUUGUUAGAAGUGUAAAUGAGAUAGAGGUCAAGCCAAAGCCAAAAGUGUACCCUAAUCCACCAGCAUAACUGAAAUUUGUUGAAGAAUCAAAAGAGAGGGAGAAAAAAAGUGAAAUCGUAGGACUUUGGCUUUUGUUUUAAGUUACUCUGGCUAUAUAUAUUUGUUUAAUUCGAUCCUGUCCGGUUCCGUUGUGGCCUGUGUAUGAGACUUUGGCCAUCGGAACUCAAAUUUCUUCUGCUGUCAGAAACGAUGAUGCCCUGUAACGCAAUUGUUAUGAUUUCAUCUACAUGAAAAAUGCCUCAGUCCAA